GGAAGUGCUGAUGAGUCAGCUGCCUGUCAGAGAGGAGCUGAGACUGCGGAGGACAGGAAAGAGGGGGGCUCUUCUGCUACUAUACUGUAUGUCUCUGGAUCAAGACAUAGACUUCAUCACCGGCCUACUAGAAAUGUACUGUGGCCAUGAAUGUUUAUGGAACAUCAUAGCCAAAGGCUAUUCUGAUAAAGUGCGAUGGAAUGCGGCCUUGGAGGAGCUAGUGGAGUACUGCAGGCCCUUUGUGUCCAGUGCUGACAAGGACUGGGUAAAGAAAAAGAUACAGAACCUGCGUACUGUGUUCCUCAAAGAACACAAAAAAAAGGAACAGUCCAAAAGGUCUGGCGCCGGUUCCUCCAAGUUUUACAAGACCUCACUAUGGUACUACCCCAUGCUAGAGUUUGUCCUGGACCAGGAGCCUACCUGGACAGGUUUCACCUCCAUCCCUCGGACUGCCACAUCAGAGCCUGAAGAUGAUGAACUAUCUUUGUCGGCAUCUAGUGAAAGUGUGGAGAUUCCCACCACCCCAGACCUCAGUCUCCAGGAUACAGAGGAAUCACAGAACCAAGAUCCUACCCCUGAAGCACCAGCUACCCCUGAUACCCCUGCAGCACCAGCUCCUCCGCCACGCCCCCGGAAGAGAACCCCAAAAAAAUACACCAGCCGGGAGGGCGAAGACCUAAUCUUUGAAGAGAUCAAGGCAAGACUUGCCCAGCCCCCCGACCACUACAAAAAAUGUGGGGAAUUCUUGGCCUCUGCAAUCUGCAACCUGCCCCCGAGUCAAGCGGAGCAGAUUGAGUAUCUAACUUUAAAGAUGCUGAAUAAGGCUCGAAAAUCCCAACUCCAUGAUAAAGUCAUACUGAUCGACUGCCGUCCUGUCACUGCUCCUCCCACCCAACCCCAUCCUAUUCCGCCCACCCAACCCCAUCUUUUUCCGCCCACCCAGCCCCAUCUCAUCCGCCCACCCAACCACAGCCUAUUCCGCCCACCCAACCACAGCCUACUCCCCAACCCACCUGCUCCUCAGCCAUAUACUCUGCUAUGCUGGAGGCAAAAGGAGGACAUGCCUCAGUUUCAAAUUUUGUAAUUUGCUUAUAAUUCCCAAUAAAUAUGGUGUGGUAUAGGCUAUAUGGUGUUUUGGGGGCAGAUUUGUUGGGGAGGAUACACGCAUGUUGUAGGUGCAUCAUAAUGGUGCCGGGCCCAUUCAUUCUGCACUUUACAGCAUGUGUGUAUUCUCCCAAUCAAAUCUGUGCCCAAAACACCAUAUAGCCCUCCAUCUUAGGAGUGAAAGUACCACACCAUAUUUAUUCGGAAUUAAAAGUAAAAUAAACUGUUAUUUAAUCAUUUUAAUUAUUUUAUUACAUAUAUAUCCAAAUUGUGAUGUCAUGUUUUAUAUUUAUAUGUGCUAUGUUGGCAAGACAUUGCAUAGU